GGCCGGGGUGGGGGUCUUGGGAGUCAUUCAGCCUCUUUGCACUCCCAGUAACUUCCUGGCUUUUCACCUCUCAAGCCGACCUUAAGAUGCCGGAACCAGCAAAGAAACCAGCUUCGGCAUUCAUCAAAAAACCAAAGACAGCAGAAGCGAUAGCAGGAGGUGUCGCUGUUUUUGAGGCAGAGACUGAGAAGACAGGUAUCAAGGUGAAGUGGCAGCGAAAUGGCUUAGAAAUUACAGCAAGUGAGAAAUAUGUCAUCAAGUCGGAGGGGAACAAACAUUCACUGACCAUUAAUGAUGUUGGAAAAGAGGAUGAUGUGACAUAUGCUGUCAUUGCUGGAAGUUCCAAGGUCAAAUUUGAACUCAAAGUUAAAGAAGCAGAAAAGAUGGAAGAGGUCCCACCUCCUGAAGCACCUUCUGAACCAGUUGUCUCAAGUGUAUCUGCAGAAGGAGAGCCUGCGCCUACAGAUGGGAGCAAGGACCCAGAAUCCCUUCUUACAGAAACCCAGGAAAAGGCGCCUGUGGAUCCAAUUGGCAUCUUUGUGUCUCGGCCACAGGAUGGAGAAGUGACUGCGGGUGGAAACAUUACAUUCACUGCUGUAGUAGCAGGUGAAAGCCUGUUAAAGAAACCUUCUGUGAAAUGGUUCAAAGGAAAGUGGAUGGACCUGGCAAGCAAAGUAGGAAAGCACCUCCAGCUUCAUGAGACCUAUGAUCGAAAUAACAAGGUUUAUGUCUUUGAGAUGAACAUAAUUGAAGCAAAAAUGACCUAUGCGGGUGGAUAUAGAUGUGAAGUGACGACAAAGGACAAGUUCGACAGCUGUAAUUUUAGCCUUGUUGUUAACGAAGCACCCACAACAGGUGACUUGGACAUCCGAUCAGCAUUCCGACGGUCGAGCAUGGUAGGAGGAGGAAGACGGAUGACUUCAGCCUUCUCCAGUGUGGAUGGUCACGAAGAAGGCAAAGAGGUGGAUUUCAGUGCCUUGCUGAGAAAGAGCAGCUUCUUGCGCUCAGUAAAUCGAAAUGAGACAAAAACUGAGACACGGCCAGAGGUUGAUGUCUGGGAAAUUCUUCGGAAUGCUCCUCCAUCAGAGUACGAGAAAAUCGCUUUCCAAUAUGGCAUCACUGAUCUGCGAGGGAUGUUGAAACGACUAAAACGUAUAAAGAAAGAGGAAAAGAAAAGCACAUCUUUUGUUAAGCGAUUGGAGCCUGCCUACCAGGUAGACAAAGGGCAGAAGAUCAAGUUGGUGGUUGAACUUGCUAACCCAGAUGAUGAAGUGAAAUGGCUAAAGAAUGGGCAGGAAAUUCAAGUGAGUGGCAGCAAAUACAUUUUCGAGGCUCUUGGAAAUAAGCGAAUUCUGACCAUCAACCAUUGCUCCCUGGCUGAUGAUGCAGCAUAUGAAUGUGUGAUUGGCGAGGAAAAGACUUUCACAGAACUUUUUGUAAGAGAGGCUCCCAUCCUGAUUACUCGUCCUCUGGAGGACCACCUGGUCAUGGUUGGAGAAAGAGUGGAGUUUGAAGCUGAAGUGUCAGAAGAAGGAGCUACUGUGAAGUGGGAGAAGGAUGGAGUGGAGCUUACCCGAGAAGAAGCAUUUAAAUAUCGGUUCAAAAUGGAUGGAAAAAAGCACUACCUCAUAAUUAAUGAAUCUACCAUGGAAGACAGUGGACAUUACAAAGUGAAGACUAAUGGUGGUGAAUCUGUUGCUGAAUUGAUUGUCCAAGAGAAGAAGCUGGAGGUGUAUCAGAGCAUUGCUGACUUGACAGUGAAGGCACGGGAUCAGGCUGUAUUCAAGUGUGAGGUUUCUGAUGAGAACGUGAAGGGCAUCUGGUUGAAAAACGGGAAGGAGGUGAUCCCAAACGAGCGGAUUAAGAUCUCCCAUAUUGGCAGAAUCCAUAAGCUAACCAUUGAUGAUGUAACCCCACAAGACGAAGCUGAUUAUUCAUUUGUUCCAGAAGGCUUUGCAUACAAUCUCUCAGCCCAUCUUCGUUUUUUGGAGAUUAAGAUUGACUUUGUGCCCAGACAAGAGCCCCCCAAAAUCCGCUUGGAUUGCAUGAGCCAGACCCCUGACACCAUUACUGUGGUUGCCGGAAACAAGUUGAGACUAGAUGUGCCAAUAUCAGGGGAUCCAGUACCCACAGUGAUUUGGCAGAAAGCAAACAAGAACAAGGAAAUGGUGCUAAUAAAUGACAAAUCGAAAGCCACAGAAACUGCAGACACAUGUGAAGAUCUAAAAGGUGAAAACAAACUGCUUGCUGAUUCUAAUGGCAGAGUCCAUGUGGAGACAUAUGAAGACCACUGUGUGUUUACCAUUGAAGGAACUGAGAAGAAAGAUGAAGGAGUCUACAAGGUUACAGUUCAGAAUCCAGCAGGAGAGGAUACAGCUGACAUCACAGUCAAAGUUAUUGAUGUACCUGACCCACCUGAGGCUCCCCAAAUCACUGAUGUUGGUGAAGAUAAUUGCACGGUGCAUUGGCAGCCUCCUAAAUAUGAUGGAGGACAACCAGUGCUGGGCUACAUCUUAGAAAGGAAGAAGAAAAAAAGCUACCGGUGGAUGAGACUGAACUUUGACCUCCUGAAGGAUCUGACCUAUGAAGCAAAGAGAAUGAUUGAAGGCGUUGUUUAUGAAAUGCGAAUUUAUGCUGUGAAUUCAGUGGGCAUGUCCCGGCCUAGUCCUGCCUCACAGCCCUUCAUGCCAAUUGCUCCUCCGAGUGAGCCAACACACUUCACAGUAGAAGACAUUUCCGACACUUCAGUUACCUUGAAAUGGAGACCUCCUGAACGUAUUGGAGCAGGAGGACUAGAUGGUUACAAUGUUGAGUACUGCAAAGAAGGAUCCACAGAGUGGAUUCCAGCUCUUCAUGGCCCGAUAGAACGCACUUCUGUGAUUAUUAAAGAUUUGGUCACUGGUGACAAACUUCAUUUUCGUGUCACUGCUACAAACCUAGCAGGUACCAGUCAACCAGCGAUUACCACAGAGCCAAUUACUAUCCGAGAAAUUUUGCAGCAUCCCAAAAUCUGGCUGCCGCGCAAUCUCAGACAGACUCUACUGAAGAAAGUGGGUGAUACGAUCAACAUUGUAAUUCCUUUCCAGGGCAAACCUAGACCUAAGGUUAUCUGGACAAAGGAUGGUCAACCACUAGAUUCCAAGGAGGUGGCAAUUCGAAACAGUAACACAGACAGUAUUCUGUUCAUCCGAAAGGCUGAGCGGCACCAUUCUGGAACAUAUGAAGUAGAGGUGCAGAUAGAAAACAUGAGUGAUAAGGUCUCAAUUACCAUGCAGAUCAUGGACAAACCUGGUCCUCCUCAGAAUGUAAAGAUUGUGGAUGUAUGGGGAUUCAAUGCUGCAUUGGAAUGGAAACCACCACAAGAUGAUGGCAAUGCUCAGAUCACAGGAUAUGUGGUACAGAAGGCAGAUAAGAAAACAAUGGAAUGGUAUACCGUGUUUGAUCACUAUCGGCGCACUAAUUGUGUCGUGUCAGAGCUGAUAAUGGGAAAUGAGUACUAUUUCCGGAUCUUCAGUGUAAAUCUGUGUGGACUGAGUGAAAAUGCUGGAAACACCAAAGAUUCAGCUUACAUUAAAAAAACAGGCACAGUUUACAAACCACCCAAGUACAAAGAACAUGACUUUGCUGAAGCACCGAGAUUCACUCACCCUCUUUCUGAUCGUUCAGUGGUUGCUGGGUAUAAUGCUACACUUAGCUGUGCUGUAAGAGGAACCCCAAAGCCCAAAAUUUUCUGGUUUAAAAAUAAAGUGGACCUUUCCAGAGAUCCCAAAUACCGCAUGUUUAGUAAGCAUGGAGUAUUGACUUUGGAAAUCCGAAAGCCUAGUCCAUUUGAUGCCGGUGUUUAUACCUGCAAAGCUGUGAAUGAAUCUGGUGAAACUGAAAUAGAUUGCCGACUGGAUGUUAGAGUGCCACAGUAGACUUCUGAACUACUAGUUGUCACCAAGUCCGUAUAUAGAGAUUAUCCUGGAAUCAGAACAGAAAUGCAGAAGAGAGUGGGUAAUUGACAACCACAAUAUUUGAAGUUCCUGCUUGUCUUUUAGAGAGACAUGUUUAAAAUAAAGAUUGUGGAGACUACUGCCUUGCAAAACAAGGUCAGGAUAUUCUUGUGAAACAAAUCCCACUGUAUUAAAAAAACAAAAACAAAAAACACCCAUCCCCAAAACCCUCUUGACAGAGGCCUUGAUUUAGGCCCCCACACCUCACUCAAGCUUUCAUCCCAAUGGAUAACGUUUCUUUGUGCACAUAGUUUAGAAUUAAGACCAAUGCUCUUGUGGAUAAGACAUGAUUGCAUGAUUUUAAGAAGCCAGUGGACUGCAGGGAAAUACUCCUGUAGUAAAAUCAUUUCUUCAUCCCUAAAAUACCAGAAAUAGCAGAAAGAUCAACAUCUCCAAGACGCAGUUUAUAAUAUGUAAAGUAAAAGAUUAAGUAGAUAAUCUUAGACACAGUUACUACAGAAAAGGUUUGGUUGGAUAUAGUAGUGUUUACCUUGGAAUAAAUGCACAUGGGAUUGCUGAAAAAUAAUUCUGUACACACGUUUCUGGGAGUAAACCUCACUGAGUUUGAAAGUGCUCACUUUUGAUUACAUACAGAAUUCCACGGGAAAGCGAUCACACAUUUGUUUUCUACUCACAAUUCUUUUUUGAGCAUUUUGUUUCAUAUGGUCAGACAAAUUAAGUGAAAAACCAUUCUUGCUAGUUAUCCAUCUAUUGCCUUUCAUUUUUUUCUUCUAUUUCAAUUUUUGCAUGGUAGCAUCAGAAAUUCUGUAAGCAGAGAAAGGUAAUGUACCUCUUCUCUCAUCCAAAAUAUGUACACAGGAGAAAUACAGUUGGCAAAUUUAGAAAACAAUAGAAAAAUGUUCAAAAUCUUGAAAAUGUAUUUGCAGUUUUCCAAGCAUAAAUGUGUUUGUUAUUUCUAUUGAAUUGGCUAAAUGUUAUAGCUUGAUGGUAUUUAAAUAAAAUCCAUACCAUUGUC